AUGGACAAUGUUGCCGCAUCUACUUCACAGCAGAUUGAGUCUAGAGAAAUUGGGAUUUCCGAGCAUCUCUCAACUUUGUCUCUUAGUGGUGAACAAGAACUGGGCACUGUUGAAGUUCAUAGACAAGAGAAGGACCCCAGAAUAAAAGCUAGAAAGUAUCAGACGGACCUUUGUAAGAAAGCAUUGGAGGAGAACAUUAUUGUAUAUUUGGGAACAGGUUGUGGGAAAACACAUAUUGCAGUUUUACUUAUGUACGAGAUGGGCCACUCGAUAAAGAAACCCCAGAAAGACGUAUGCAUUUUCCUUGCUCCCACUGUGGCUUUGGUUCACCAGCAAGCCAAAGUCAUAGAAGAUUCUGUUAAUUUCAAAGUUAAGACAUACUGUGGGGGUGGGAGUUCAAAGGGUUCAACGAGCCAUUACCACUGGGAAAAAGAACUUGAAGAAUAUGAGGUUCUUGUUAUGAUACCUCAAAUACUGUUGUUCAAUCUAAAUCACUGCUUUAUCAGGAUUGAGCAAAUUGCCCUUCUGAUAUUUGAUGAAUGUCAUCAUGCACAACUUGAAAGCAAUCAUCCUUAUGCUGAAAUCAUGAAGAUUUUCUACAAACCAGAUGCGGCAAAACUUCCCCGCAUAUUUGGCAUGACAGCAUCUCCAAAAUUAGGGAAAGGGGGUUCAAUUGAUAGUCUCGAAACUUUACUGCAUGCAAAGAUUUGUUCUGUUGAAGACAAGGAUGAACUGGGAGAAUUUGUAACAACCCCUAAGAUAAAUGUAUAUUAUUACAACUCAACCGAAAAUGGCUACUCUUGCCCUCGAAAGAUCUAUGCCAGAAAGCUUGAGGAGAUAAUGCACCAGUGCUUGUCAGCUCUCCGGAUGGAUACAGUUGACCAGACUCCUGUCAAGAACACCAAAAAAUUGCUUCAAAAGCUGCAUGGUAACCUAACAUCUUGUCUGUCAAACCUUGGACUAUGGGGGGCAUUACAGGCCAGCUACAUUUUCUUGAAAGAUGAUCAGCGUGAGCGUUCUGAGCUGGUGGAGGCAGAAGGGAAUUGCAGUGACUAUUUAUGUAACAAAUAUUUGAAUCAGGUUGCCUCAAUGUUUGCUUCUGAUUGCGUGGAAGAUGGCAAGGAAAUUGAUUUAUCCUGCAUGGAGGUUUUGAGAGAGCCAUUUUUCUCAAGAAAGCUCACACGGCUUAUUGACAUUCUCUCCAAUUUUAGAUUACAACCAAAUACGAAGUGCAUAGUUUUUGUCAAUAGGAUUGUGACUGCAAGAUGCAUCUCGUCUAUACUUAACGACCUUAAGUUCAUAUCAUCUUGGAGGUGCAAUUACCUUGUAGGAGUGCAUUCUGGACUCGAGAGCAAGUCACGUAAAAAUACAAACAUCAUUCUUGAGAAGUUUCGCUCUGGUGAGAUAAAUCUAUUGAUUGCAACAAAAGUGGGUGAGGAGGGACUUGAUAUUCAGACAUGUGGCCUUGUUAUACGGUUUGACCUUCCAGAAACUGUUGCUAGUUUUAUACAAUCUAGAGGUCGUGCACGUACAGCCCAGUCUGAAUAUGCAAUUUUAUUGGACAGGGGCAACCCAGAGGAGGUCAAUUUGAUAGAGCAUUUUACAAAAGCUGAAGCUCAGAUGAAUGAAGAAAUUUCAUCCAGAGAAAACUGUGAGAUGAUAAAUUAUUUUGAGGAAAGAACCUAUAAAGUGGAUUCUACCGGGGCGACUAUUAGUUCUACAUCAAGUAUCUCAUUGCUUCACCGUUAUUGUUCGAAGCUUCCUCAUGAUGAGUACUUCAUCCCAGAACCACAGUUCUUCAACUACGAUGAUGCAGAUGGAAUGCUUUGCAAAAUAAUUCUCCCUGCCAAUGCUCCAAUUCAUGAAAUUGUCAGUGAACCACAACAGUCCACGGACACGGCUAAGAGAGAUGCCUGUUUGAAAGCAUGUAAAGCAUUGCAUGAAGCUGGUGCUUUGACAGAUUAUCUCUUGCCAGAACAAGAAGAUAGCUCCGAGGACUCAACUCAGGAUUUCUCUGAUUCUGACAGCUGCGAUGAUGACGAAUCAAAAUACGAACUCAAUGAAAUGCUUGUUCCUGCUGCCCUAAGAGACCCUUGGAUAGAAAUGGAAAAUUCCACUCGUUUAAGCUCCUACAUUAUCAAAUUUUGCCCUAACCCUGUGGAUAGAGAUUAUAAAAGUUUUGGUAUUUUCAUGAAAGUGCCACUCCCAGAAGAGGCCAGGAAAAUGAAGCUUGAUCUUUCUUUGGCUCGUGGUAGAUCGGUAAAGACAGAGCUUAUACCAUCUGGAGUCGCUAGCUUUGAUAAAGAAGAGAUUGCAUUAGCAGAAAAAUUCCAGCGAAUGUUCCUCAAGGUCAUCCUUGAUCGCUCUGAAUUUAUCCCAGAAUAUGUACCGUUAGAAAAUCAUGAUAUCUACCAGCCAAGUUCAUCAACCUUCUACCUAAUGCUACCUAUUAUUCAGCACGAGUACAACAAAAUUUCUGUAGACUGGUCGACGGUCAAAAGAUGUUUGUCGUCACCAAUUUUCAGAUACCCAGGAAAUAGUGGGAAAGACGAAAUUUGUCAACUUAAUGACUACUUGCAUCUUGCCAAUGGUCAAAAAAGUAAGAAUGAUGUCAUGAACAGUUUGGUGUAUGUCCCACGCAGUAAUAAAUUUUUCUUUAUAUCUGAUAUUGUUCCAAAGAAAGACGGAUACAGCUCAUACAAUGAAUCAAAAAAUCAUAUGGAGCACUAUAUUGAGACGUUUGAUAUUCCUCUUUCGCACCCCAAUCAACCCCUUUUGAAAGCGAAACAACUUUUUGUUUUGAAGAACUUGCUUCGAAAGAAGGGAUAUUCAGAAUCGCGUGAAAAAGAGGAACACUUCAUCGAAUUACCUCCUGAGAUUUGUCAGUUGAAGAUUAUUGGGUUCUCUAAAGAUAUUGGAAGUUCAUUGUCUCUUAUACCAUCUAUCAUGCAUCGCCUUGAAAGCUUGCUUGUGGCAAUUGAAUUGAAGGACAAGUUAUAUGCUUCAUUCCCUGAAGGAGCUGAAAUUACUGCUAACCAUAUUCUUGAAGCUCUCACAACCGAAAGAUGCUGUGAGAAAUUUUCUCUUGAAAGGCUUGAAGUGCUUGGGGACGUAUUUCUUAAGUUUGCAGUUGGUAGACAUCUCUUUCUCAAGCACGAUGCCCUAGACGAAGGGCAGCUGACCAGAAAGCGUUCUAACAUUGUAAAAAAUUCUAAUUUACUCAAUCUGGCUACAAGAAAUAACUUACAGGUAUAUAUACGUGAUAAACCAUUUGAACCUCUCCAAUUCUAUGCAUACGGUCGUCCUUGUCCUGUAAUUUGCAACAAUGAGGUUGAAAAAAGUAUACACUCUAGUUACUAUAGUAAGACAAACUGUACAAGUAUUGAAGUUAGAUGCAGCAAAUGUCAUCACUGGUUGCGCAAGAAAACCAUCGCAGAUGUUGUUGAGGCACUUGUUGGAGCUUUCUUAGUUGAUAGCGGCUUCAAAGCGGCAGAGGCAUUUCUAAAAUGGAUUGGGAUACAUGUAGAUGUGACUGAGCAGCAACUUGACAAAAUCUGCCUUGAAAGCAUGGCAUUUCAGCCCCUAUCUGAUCUGACUGAUAUUAGUACUGUUGAGAGACUGUUAGGAUAUGACUUCGUCCGUAAGGGUUUGCUCAUCCAGGCCUUUGUCCAUCCUUCUUAUAACAAUCACUCGGGAGGUUGCUACCAGAGACUUGAGUUUCUUGGAGAUGCUGUCUUGGAUUAUUUGAUCACGUCCUAUCUGUAUUCAGCGUAUCCUGAAUUAAAUCCUGGACAGUUGACCGAUUUGAGAUCAAUGUGCGUAAACAACAUUUCAUUUGCUGACGUAGCUGGACGAUGGUCUUUCCAUGAAUUCAUUAUCUGCGAGUCUAAAGAUCUCCGCGAUUCCAUGACCAAAUACGUGAACUCCAUUGGAGCAUCAGCAUCAGUGGAGGGGCAAUUUGUAGAGCAAACUUGUCCGAAGGCCCUUGGAGACUUGGUGGAGUCUUAUAUAGGCGCCCUCUACAGCAAAAAAACUGCCAAAAGAAUGGCUUCCCAACAAGUAUUUGCAGACUUGAAGGGUCAAGGCCAUAAAUUAAAGUCCAAUCCGUUGGAGGAAGUGCUUAAAAAACAUGAAAAGAAGGAAGCCAAAUUGAUUGGAUAUGAUGACAAACCAUUUCUUACUUCUCAAUUUGAUUCACAUGAAACAGGUGCCUUCCACAAUGGCUCGGCAAAGUCGCGUCUCUAUGAAGUAUGCGCUGCUAACCGUUGGAAACCACCCAUUUUUGAAUGUUGCAAAGAGACCGAACCAAGCUACAGAAAAGAAUUCACUUUCAAGGUGGUGAUGGAAAUUGAUGAAAUGGCAGAUGAGACAGUUGAGUUUUAUGGAGAACCUCGGGCGAAAAAGAAAGAUGCAGCUAACAGUGCAGCAAAUGGGGCACUUUGGUACUUGAGAAAUGAAGGAUUUUUAAGGGGUAAAUACUAG